CGACGUCAUUUCAACAAAUAAAAAAUACGGAGUAAUAUCUCAGCUCCUCUGUGGCCUGCGGAAGAAGAGCUCCCAUCGCGACGACGAAGAAGCGAGACGGAAGUGCGAAACCCUAGCGGCCUAGCUCAAUUCCCAGCUGCAUCGCCGCCGUCGGGAAUCGACCAGCCCACCACCACCUCGCCGCCGCAGAAUCAGCCCUCCAGGUUCCGGGACAGGCUCACCGAGCACGGCCCACCGCUCCAGGCUCGAAAGACCACCGCCCAAUCACUCUACCCUCCGAAUUUCCUUAUCUCCAACUUUAAAGGUUUGGCGGAAAAAUUGGUUAAACAAACUGCAUUCUUGAGUAUAAGGUUAAGGGCAUGACCACUGCUCUGGAACCUGAAUUAAAGGAUAUGGAAGAAGAUGACGAGGAUCCCAUACGCUUCAAGCGUAUGACCACUGCCGUGAAGCCUGAAUUAGAUAUGGAAGAUGAUGACGAGGAGCCCAUACGUUUCAAACGUAAUAACACAUCAAAGCCAAAUGCUUCAAACUCUGAGCCUUCUUCAUCGUCCCAAAAGCGUGAUGGACUGGUUGGGAGGCACACAUCCAAUACCAAUUCUUCAAACGGCCAAAACCAGAAAGACAAGAGAGCCCCCUCAACAUCCAAAGCAUCACCUGGGAAGUCACCAUUGUUCAGUCCAAGAUCAUCACCAAAUGCAUCACCAUUGAUCAGCCCAAGAGUGUCACCUCUACCAAGCAGGACAUUACCUGCAACUACUGCUAUUAAAGUUUCAAAAUCAUCUGCUUCUGCAGCUAAUCAGCCAAAUGUUUUAACCCAAUGCAGAACAAAGAAAGUUGAUGAGGAGGAAAAACCACCUGUUUCUUUCCCAAAGGAUGAAUCAGACUCUGAAGAUGAUAAACCAUUGGUCACGCUACCUAGAUUGUCAAUUAGCAAUUCCAACCAUUGUAACAAAGUGGCUGGUUCUUCUUCAUCAGCUCCAAAGGUUGAAUCCCCUGAUAAUGAAGAUCCAGACGAUAAUAAGCCAUUGGCAACAAGAAUUAAAGUUAAACCUAAUACAGAGACUUCUAACUUCAAGAUGUCUGAAUCUAGUAAGGAUAGACAUGUACUGCCAAAAUGCCCGCACCCGCAAAAUGGUUCUGCAUCUUCUACAGUCCCAAGCAAGAGAUCUAUAGAUGAGGGAAAAUCUUCUGGUCAGAGUUCCGUCAAAAAGCCAAGGCCUUCUGACUCAUCUGCCCCGGUUAAGGGUAACAAACCUUCAGUAAAAGCAGAAAAGAAGGAAGAUGAUGAUGAAGAUUGCAUGUCUUUAUCACAACGUAUUAAGAAGUCACGCGAUUCUGUUAAUAAGUCAUUACCUACAAAGAAAACCUGUGCAGUUGCUUCCUCUUCACGUACAAUAACAAAGAAUAAGUUGAAGAAAGUGAAAAAAAACUCUAAAUACUCUCAAUCAUCAAAGGUACCCCCUAGUUCGGGUGAUGGAAUAAAGUGGAAUACUUUGGUUCACAAUGGUGUAAGUUUCCCCCCACCAUACAAGCCUCAUGGAGUUAAUAUGCUUUAUAAGGGAAAACCUGUAGAUCUCACAUCAGAGCAAGAGGAGGUUGCAACAAUGUAUGCGGUGAUGCUAGAUACAGAUUACAUGAACAAACCCCAAUUUAAAGAAAACUUCAUGAACGACUGGAAGAAAUUACUUGGAAGAAAUCAUGUGAUUCAGAGUUUGGAGCACUGUGAUUUUACCCCUAUAUAUGAGUGGCAUCAGAAAGAGAAGGAAAAGAAGAAGCAAAUGAGUUCAGAAGAGAAAAAGGCUUUAAAAGAAGAGAAAAUGAAACAAGAAGAGAAGUAUACAUGGGCUAUCCUCGAUGGUGUUAAAGAAAAGGUUGGAAAUUUCAGGGUUGAACCUCCUGGACUGUUCCGAGGUCGUGGAGAACAUCCAAAGAUGGGAAAACUGAAAAGACGCAUCCGUCCAAGUGAUAUUACCAUAAACAUAGGAAAAGAAGCUCCAAUCCCAGAAUGUCCGAUCCCCGGUGAAAGGUGGAAGGAGAUAAGGCAUGAUAACACUGUAACAUGGUUAGCAUUCUGGAAUGACCCUAUUAAUCAAAAAGAAGUCAAAUAUGUUUUCCUUGCUGCUAGCAGUACCUUGAAAGGGCUAAGUGAUAAAGAGAAGUAUGAGAAAGCAAGACUUUUAACGGAGCACAUAGAUCGGAUCAGAGCUGCAUAUACUAAAGAUUUUAAUAGUAAAGAUCCUGUUAAGAGGCAAAUAGCUGUUGCUACCUACCUUAUUGAUAAACUAGCUCUCAGGGCUGGCAAUGAAAAGGAUGAGGAAGAAGCUGACACAGUUGGUUGCUGCACAUUGAAAGUAAAUAAUGUAGAACCAGAGCCUCCAAAAAAUCUGAAGUUUGAUUUCCUUGGUAAAGAUUCUAUCAGAUAUCAAAAUGUUGUUCCAGUAGAAGAAGCUGUUUUCGAAGCAAUUCAACAAUUCCGGAAAGGGAAGGGUGGUGAUGAUGAUCUUUUUGACUUGCUUGAUACGAGUAAGCUGAAUGCUCAUUUGAAAGAACUCAUGCCUGGUCUUACUGCAAAAGUCUUUCGUACUUAUAAUGCCUCUAUUACAUUGCAAAGAGAGUUGGAUAUGCUCACAGACAGUGGAGCUGAUGUUGCAGAUAAAAUAAAAGUAUAUCAAUAUGCAAACAAGCAGGUGGCAAUCAUUUGCAAUCAUCAACGCAGUGUUUCUAAGACACAUGAUGUACAAAUUUCCCGCUUGAACAAUAAGAUUGAUGAGUUAAAGGGUGUUUUAGAAGAACUUAAAACCGAUUUGGCCCGUGCGAAGAAAGGAAAGCCUCCGAUUCAGAGUGAUGAUGGGAAGACAAAGAGAAAUCUUGCACCUGAAGCCUUGCAGAAAAAGAUCGAUCAAACCAAUGCGAGGAUUGAGACAAUGGAGAAACAAAUACAGACAAAAGAAGACAUGAAAACAGUUGCACUCGGCACGUCCAAGACCAACUACCUAGACCCAAGGAUCUCGGUCGCGUGGUGCAAAAAGAAUGAGGUUCCCAUUGAAAAGAUAUUCAACAAGUCUCUUCUGGCAAAAUUUGCUUGGGCCAUGGACGUUGAACCCGACUUCUCCUUCUAAAGAUGAUCCCUGUUCAAUCACCCGGGGGGUAAAACGGUAAAACGUUGUAUGCUGACAAUUUUAUUUAUUUGUUUUUUUUCCACAUAAUGACACUUGCUGCAAUAUUGUAUUGUAUUACGGAUUAUAUUGCAUUUGUAUUGAAGAAAGCUGUUACAGUAUC